AUGAAGGUCUCCGCCACCCUUCUUUCUCUCGCCGGUGCCGUUGCGGCUACCACCAUUGCCGAGAUCAACGGCAACAAGUUCUUGUCACCGCUCCAGGGACAGAAUGUGACGGCUGUUGAAGGCCUCGUCCUCGCCAAGGGCCCCAACGGUGUCUGGAUCCGCUCCACCGUGCCCGACGACGACGACCUGACCUCUGAGGCCGUCUACGUCUUUGACCGCAAUGUCGGCGCAAACCUUGCUGUUGGCGACAUCAUCAAGCUUGACGGCACCAUUCUGGAGUUCAGGUCCACCAACACCCAUCUCUACCUGACCGAGCUUGCCACGCCCCGCAACGUGGAGAUUGUCUCGCGCAACAACGCGGUUGUUGCCUAUGUCAUUGGCGAGGACACUCCCAGCCCGCCCACCGAGCAGUAUACGAGCCUCGACGGCGGUGAUGUCUUUGCCGUUCCCAACGAUGUCCGUCGUAUUUCUGCUGUGAACCCUGUGCUCGAGCCCACCAAGUACGGCCUGGACUUCUGGGAGGCUCUCAACGGCGAGCUCGUCACCGUCAAGGCCCCCGUCGGCGUGACCCGUCCCAACCAAUUCGGCGACACCUGGGUCCUCGGCACCUGGACUGCUACCGGUCGCAACGAGCAUGGCGGUAUCUCUCUGCUUGACAAGGACGCUAACCCUGAGACCGUGCUCAUCGGCUCGCCCCUCGAUGGUACCCGCAACCCGGAGUCGAAGAUGGGCGAUAAGCUUGCCGACAUCACCGGCGUUGUCACCUAUUCCUUCGGCUUCUACCGUAUCCUGCCCCUGACUGCUGUCAAGGUUGAGUCUGCAUCUUCUGCUGAGACGAGCCCCACCACCCUCGAGAGCAGCGGCGACUGCCGAGGCAUCACCUUUGGCUCGUACAACGUUGAGAACCUGUGGCCCGGCUCCGAGCACCUCCCCGACGUCGCUGACCAGAUUGUCGACUACCUGAAGACUCCUGACCUGAUUUUCCUUCAGGAGGUUCAGGACAGCAACGGCCCCACCAACGACCUGAUUGUCAACGCCAACAUCACUCUUGCUACGCUUGCUGCCGCCAUCGAGGAGAGAAGCGGUGUUGUCUACGAGUGGCUCAACGUUGACCCCAUCCGUAACCAGGAUGUGGCCAGGCUUGGAGGCAACAUUCAGACCGGUCGCAAGCCUCUGGCCGCCUCUUGGCGCGCUAUCAAGGGCCCCAAGACCAAGCCCUUCUUCACCAUCAACGUCCACAACGGCUCUAAGGGUGGCUCUUCCACCCUUCACGGCGAUAACCGCCCUCCUAUCAACAACGGCGUCGACAAGCGCCUGCUCCAGACCGGCAGCAUCGGCGCCUUCAUUGACACUCUGUAUGCCAAGGAUCCCAAGGCCCGCAUCGUCGUCUCUGGCGACUUCAACGAGUUUGCUUUUGUUGCGCCUAUGAAGCUCCUCACCGAGAAGCACAAGUUGACGAGCCUGAGCAAGCACAGCCUGCCGGCUACGGAGCGCUACAGCUACGUCUUUGACGGCAAUGCCCAGCAGCUUGACCACAUGCUGAUCAGCCCUUCCUUGGUCAACGACAAGGCCAAGCUCGAGCACAUCCACGUCUCCUCGUGGCGUCGCUUCGCCGAUGUUGUGAGCGACCACGACCCAGCUGUUGGCCGGUUGAACGUGUGCGGAUGCUAG